AUGGUGGGACAUCUGACAGAUACUACCACUGUGACAGGGAAGGAGACUCAGGGACUCUCAGCUCUGCCAGCAGCUGGAUCCAUCUCUGAUGGGAGCCCCAGGACUCGGGUGGAUCCAGUGACAGACGCGACCAUGGCCCUGAGGGGACCCUGCCCUUUGCUCUUCCUGACCCUCAUCCUGCUGGUAACCUGCCUGGCCCAGAUCAUCAGACCACCCGACAGCUACCAAAACUUUGUGAGUGAACACGUUGAUUUCCCCAAGACCCGACCCCCCAAGGGCCAGAGCUACUGUGACCACAUCAUGCGGCUCAUGAGCCAGAACAUGGCUGCCUGCAAACUCACCCACACCUUCAUCCACGCCCCCGCCAGCCAGCUCCGGACCAUCUGCACUACCAGAGGGAGAUGCAACCUAUACAAUGAAUGUGACAGCAACGUAGCCUACGCCGUCACCACCUGCUGGCUGAACAGACCCCCCAGCCCACCAAGCUGUGUCUACAGGGGAGUACCCCAGACCCGCAGGAUCCGCGUGGCCUGUAUCUGGGGGCUGCCCGUGCGCUUCCUCAGAGUCGUGUAGAACCCAGGUGCUGGCCAUGGGCUGGGCGGUGGGGG